GCAGGCAGACAGACAUCUUCAAAUGAAUGAACAAAAUAUUGUCACCGCACUGAGCGAAACAAUAAUCAUGAAACAAACGCACGCUUCACUGAGCUCGGGUUCGAAGCACGAGUUAAUGAAUCCGCUCCCCCGAUAUAUCCUCUUUCUGAAUACAAACCAACCGUCUGGCUCUCGCUCGCUAGUCUGAUUGCGCUGUGGAUUCGCAAUUCCGAGACAAUUUUAAAACAAAUAAUUCAGAUCCCAGCCAGACUUUGCCAGAGGCAAGACACACGGCAGCUCACAGCACUGCGGGCGAGGUUCCGUCCGACCGGAACAGGAGAGAGGAGGGUUGAGAGAAAGCGAUAGGCGCGUUCACACAUGGAUAACAGCUGGACUGGAUAUGCAAAUAAGCUGCCAGGAAUGAGGGCACGGAGCACCCACGAGUCUUCUUAAGUAUUGAUCGAUAGGGGAUAUUAGGGUCAGCUAGCCAGAGCGGGCGCAGUUAUAAACAACUAAAUGAAGGCGCGCUCACUCGGAGCAAGUUGAGAAACUGUGCAUCACAGACUGUCAAAACCCAACGCGACGUUGAACAUAUUCAGCUAUCAAAUAGGCUACAAGUCUAUUUUUGCAACAACAUGUCAGUGUUUUGUCAGAAGGACAGCAGGGUUUGAAUGUCUCGGACUGGGAGGACAUAAAUUGGCAGCCCUAAGGUUUUCGAAAUGCCAGAGAAUGUUUCGUUCUCCAGGAACCGCACAGAACUGGAAGCGCGGCCGGGGGCGCGUCCCGCAUGGGCUAUCACUGUGCUGGCCAGCGUGCUGAUCUUCACCACGGUGGUGGAUGUCCUGGGCAACUUGCUGGUUAUCAUUUCAGUGCUUAGGAACCGGAAACUUAGGAAUGCGGGGAACGUGUUUGUGGUGAGCCUGGCCUUUGCUGACCUCGUGGUGGCCUUCUACCCCUACCCAUUGGUGCUCUACGCCAUCUUCCAUGACGGCUGGUCGCUGGGAGAGACACAGUGCAAAGUCAGUGGUUUCCUGAUGGGCCUGAGCGUCAUUGGCUCCAUCUUCAACAUCACCGGCAUCGCCAUCAACCGCUACUGUUACAUCUGCCACAGCUUUGCCUACGACAGGCUGUACAGCUACCGCAAUACCCUCUUACUGGUGGGGCUCAUCUGGCUUCUCACCAUCCUGGCCAUCAUACCAAACUUCUUCGUAGGGUCGCUCCAGUACGACCCCAGGGUGUAUUCGUGUACCUUUGCCCAGGCCGUCAGUACAUCGUACACCAUCACUGUGGUGGUGAUUCAUUUCUUUGUGCCCAUCGCCGUGGUUACCUUCUGCUACCUGAGGAUCUGGAUCCUGGUCAUCCAGGUGAGGAGGAAGGUGAAGUCAGAGGUGAAGCCCCGCCUCAAACCCAGCGACAUGCGCAACUUCAUCACCAUGUUUGUGGUGUUCGUGCUCUUCGCCAUCUGCUGGGCGCCGCUCAACUUCAUCGGUCUGGCCGUGGCCAUCGACCCAGAGACGGUGGCACCACGGAUCCCCGAGUGGCUGUUCGUGGUCAGCUACUUCAUGGCGUACUUCAACAGUUGCCUUAACGCCAUCAUCUACGGCCUGCUCAACCAGAACUUCCGUAAGGAAUACAAACGGAUUAUCAUGUCCAUGUGGAUGCCGGGUCUGUUCUUCCAGGAGGCGUCACAGGGGGGUACAGAGGGUAUGAGGAGCAAGCCCUCGCCCAGACUGGGACUCAACAACAACGAUCACGUCAAGGGAGAGGCUUUGUGACGCUGACUCCAAGGUUCUUCUCUCCUCCACUCCUCCCCUAUGGUGUUGUUGGACUUGUUUCUUUUUUCUUCUCUCUCUCUCUCUCUCUCUCUCUCUCUCUCUCUCUCUCUCUCUCUCUCUUUCUCUCUCUCUCUCUCUCUCUCUCUCUCUCUCUCUCUCUCUCUCUCUCUCUCUCUCUCUCUCUCUCUCUCUCUCUCUCUCUCUCUCUCUCUCUCUCUCUCUCUCUCUCUCUUUUCAGUCAUGGAGUUCCAUUUCUCUCCUGUAUCUCACUGACUGCACAGUUGUGCUGUUACCGAAGCCUCAAAGAACAGUCAGAAUGGUGCGUAUUAAAGAGAGAGAGACACACACAAAGGUGUUGACUGAUGCUAAGUGACUGUGUUAUUCACAAUUCGAAGAGUGCCAUUCAUGAAGCAUAUAUGUUCUAACUUAUUAUGUAUCAUGUCCUUAAGUAUACACCUCAGGCUGCCUGCCUCCUCUCUGCUGCUGUAGCAUUAUGCAUUUCAAAGUUUAAGCCCCAAAAGUAUUAUUGCAUUUUUUUUUACCCCAUUACGCCCAUGACAUUUUUGUAUAAGACAGGGUAUUUAAAGACACAUUUGUUAUCUUCACAGUUUCCUCUGUAAAAGUAUUUAUCACACAGUUUAUUUUAUUUUCUAUAUCGAUAUAUCUAUAUCAUUAUGACAAUCAUUAUGGCCAGCGUACAUUAGCGUAGAAAACAAUUUAUAAAAACCCUAUUGGUUGUAAAUAACAAAUAAGCGAUGGAGCAUGCCAACGGUAGGAGCUCACAAGGUCCUACUUACUAACUAGGCAAUUGGAUUGUCAAAAGGUGCCUGAUUUUAUGCUCAUGCUCUCAAACAGGAGAUUUACCAAAAACAACCCCUUUACAAUUUAACCCAGUUAGUAUGGGUUAACUUGUUAGGGUUGGAGUCAGCAUAUAGCGUUAGACUUAGAGUUACACAAGGAUAUAAGACUGAAUAGACAACUACAUUAGAUACAUCAGCAGAUUUGGUCAUUUCUGUUGAGUCAGGAAUGGGGUGCUGUGAUGCCCCUCGACGGAGUGUCCCGAAAAACCCUCGCUGGUACAUUAUAAGCACAAUAAAGCUGUUUUAUCUCGGACGACAUUGUACUUAUGCAGUUUACAGGUUUCAACUGUACUCUUAGUAAUGCAUGAAGACGUGACCUAUUCUAUGCAUUUUACACUUCAUGUCAUUACCUUAAAACACUACAGCAAACCAACUUACUCAAUAUGGUAUGUGAAUAAGGACAAUACUGUUUUUAUGAAGAUGUUAAUCUUAGUACAAAUCAAGUGAAUUAAUUCAGGCCAUAAUGACGCUGAAUACCGUUGUUGUGAUACUGUGUUCCAUGAUGAUGAAGAAUGUGCAUGAUAAACUUUGAUGCUUUGUGUAUUGUUUUGGUUGUUUGUUUGUUUUUUAUUUUAGUUUUGCUUUGAAGAAACUAGGGUCUCUAUUCAAUCCGUAUCGCGGAAGUUCAGCGUUACAGCGUGAUUGAAAUUUAAAAGCAAUGUUCCCACGUUAGCAGAGACUACAUUCACUGUACACACUGCAUAUGUUGGCUCAAUCAGAAAUUACCUUCAUAUUUCUAUUGAUGACCUUGUGAAAUCUGCUGCUGAAGAUAUCGAUGAUGUUGACAAAGAUUAUAUGAU